AUGUACCCAUCUACUCUCAUCUCUCUUUUCGCAGCGACUCUUGCCUCCGGGAUGACAUUGAUUCCCGAAGUCCUCGGACGUGCCGUUCCCAGCACAACUCCUGUUAUCGACACAUGCUGGAGCACAGGCGAAAACUGGGGGGCCGACUCGGGGCUGGCCAAGAAUUACGCUGCGCAGGCAUGCAACAACGCGUUCGUCGGGACCAGCGGCUCACGAACAUGGCAGCCCGGUGACGAGAUCCAGCAAUGCUACAAUCUGGACAGUACCAAGAAGGCCGACUUCACCAUCAUAAAUGAGAACAGCGCUCCCGCUACCCUUACUAGCGGCGAUUGCUACACCUAUCUCACCAAGCAGAUCAGCGGCUGUGGACAGGGAGGCUACCAGGAACAUGCUGGCUUCGAGUUCAAGGCGGACCCCAACUCCGGCCAGUGCGCGACCAACUGA